AUGGAACAAAAUCACCUUCUCACCACCUCCUCCUCCGGCGGCCCCUCGACCUCCACCUCCACCUCCACCUCCUCAACGAGUAUCACAAACGAAGCACAAAGUACAACUAGCCUCACAACGUCGAUCUCCAAAUCUAACAACAAACUCAAGGAGCAAAAACGCCGCCAACCUAAGGCGGCCGCAGACUGCGAACACACGACGUACCGUGGAGUACGAAAACGGAGUUGGGGGAGAUGGGUUUGCGAAAUCCGCGAACCGAGAAAAAAGUCGAGAAUAUGGCUCGGGACAUACCCGACUGCCGAGAUGGCCGCGCGGGCCCACGACGUGGCGGCCCUAGCCAUCAAGGGCCGGUCGGCCUACCUCAACUUCCCCCACCUGGCCCACGAGCUUCCACGCCCGGCCUCGACCCUGCCCAGGGACAUCCAGGCAGCGGCCGCCAGGGCCGCUGCUCUGGACGGAGACCCGGAGUCGCGGGCUGGGCCGGGCCUCCCGAGCUCGGGCUCGUCCACGGAUUUGGCGUCGAGGGAGUCGCCGGACUCGGCUUCCGAGGGCAGAGGAGAAGAGGACGACACUUUUUUCGACUUGCCAGAUUUGCCCCUUGAUGCGUCCUCAUGGCAGGUGAUGGGUGGGAGUUAUCACAUUGGAUUCCGUCCUGAAGAUCCGUUUUUGUUGGAGUAUUGUUUGUAG